GGUUGCAGUGUUCUGGUGAAGCUGGCAUGCAAAGUUUGAUUAACUCGAAGCCAGCUUGUCCUGUCUCCAUGCUUGAGCUCUAUUUAUACCAGAGAUGUUCUAACUUGAAGCAACAUUGAGUGACUUUAUUUCCAAUUUUCUUGGCUUCUUUUCUCGUCCUGCUCGAUGGCUUUGAAAGCUCUGCUGUUUUUGUUCACCUGUUUUAUUGUAGUUACCUCAAGAGUUUCAUCUAAAGAUGAGGAACUCGCAACAAAGGCUGUCAUUGUCGAAGCCCCAGUACCAUCACAGGCUCCUGCUAAGGUCCCUGCAGUGAAGGCACCAACUCAUGCUCCUCCAGCGGCACCCACAUAUGCGCCUCCCCCCAAGGAAACCGCCCCCGUGCCCCCAGUUAAGCCACCUGCUCCUGCACCACCGUCCCCACUUCCAGUGAGGUCGAAAAAGGAUUGCAUCCCCCUAUGUGAUCAGAGAUGCCAACUACAUUCAAGGAAGAGGCUCUGCACGAGAGCCUGCAUGACAUGCUGUGACCGCUGCAAGUGUGUUCCCCCAGGAACUUUUGGCAACAGGGAAAAAUGUGGCAAGUGUUACACAGAUAUGACUACUCAUGGCAACAAAUACAAGUGCCCUUGAGAAGGCUCCCAAUAUAUUUCCUAAAAAGUGGGUUAUAAGUAUGAGAGGGGUGAAAAUAAAUGGUUUUCCUGAGUCCUUUCUACUGCUUCCUGCAGCAUUAAUUGGUUUGGCAUCAUCUAGUGUUGUUACCUUUCUGUUCUGUUUAGGCCAAUUAAGAGCACUUUGCACCGUCUAUUAAAUUUUCCAGUUCAUAUGGCAGAUAUUGAUAUUAAUAGUUUAAUACAUCUCUCACCUUUUCUUGUAAACUCA